UUGUGUGUUGUAUUUCCAGUGCAUAUUAAUAAGAGGUGAAUAAACAUGUCAGAUUUAGAGAAUGUCAAAAAGAAUUUGCGAUCUGUUCUGUUAUCAUCGAAACAAGGAAUUGUUGCCAAACAUUUGCAAAGGGAAUACAGAGAGCUAAAUGGAGAAUUUAUUCCCCAUCAAAAGUUAUCUUUUUGCUCACUUGAAGAGUUCAUAAGAAGUCUUUCUGAUGUUUGCAGGGUUGGAUACAACAAUCAAAAUGAACUGACUUACUUUGCUCUUACGGAUGGUUCUACUCAGCAUAUUAAGAAAAUGGUAGCGAACCAAAGACCUGGGAAAAAAAAGUCAAAGCCAUCGAGUUUCAAGCGAAACCAGUUUGCGCAGCGUCCUAAAUCGCAAUAUCAUCACGGAAGUGGUUGGUUUAACGCACCACCUAGGUUCAGAAAGCACAAUACGAUAAAAACUACGUUCAAACAGCACACUGUACAUGUUUCUCCAAAUACGAUGACGAUAAACGUUAAAAACCCUCAGUAUACAAGUAAUAAAGUUGCUCCAGCAACACCAGCGGUUGUAAAAUCAAAUCUUGCUAAUUUGUUGAAAAGCAAUCCUGCGGGAAUACAUUCGUGUCAUCUGGCAAGAUUGUACAAGGAAACUUUUAAGCAGGAGUUGCCUGAUAAGUUUGUUCAAGAUAUUUUGGAUGGAAAGUUGCCAGAAUAUGCAAGAGUGGAUAAAAUAAGCAUUGGGAAUGAAACAAAAGCAAUUCUGUUGUCCGUAAACAAAGUUCAGACCAAGAGAAAUAUGCAGCAAGCGACAAAUUUGCAAAUUAUGGAAGAAUUUGUCAUAAAGGAACAUUUUGUUCUUGAGAUUGAAAAAAACUAUAAAGUUUCCAUUCAACAUGUUGAGAGCUGUGACCAAGUUUUUGUUCAGAUCUUUGAAGACGCAAAUUCAAUUAAACAAAUGCAAACUCUGAUAAAAUCUCUUCAUCCUUCUUUAAAAACUUGCCAAAGCAGUCUUAAACCUGGUAGUUAUGUGACCACAGAUUGCUUCCUUAGAGCUAAGGCCAUUCAAGUUACGGGAGAUGAAGUGGAAAUUUACAACAUUGAUGUUGGUACAACAUAUUUCGUAUCUUUGGGUUCAUUAAGGUACAUGAACAGCAGUAUUGCCAGUUAUCCUGUCUUUGGUAUUCGCUGUUCAUUAAGCAGGUUAAAUAAAGGUGGAAGUUGGAGUGAGGACGCCACUAAGUUCUGUUUGAAACUUAUUUCUGUUGGGAUGUCUAUGAUUAUGAAAGUGGUUCAAAUUCCAACUACAAUACUUGCAGACCAAGAAUAUUCCGUCAUCCUUUACAGCGAAAAACCGAGUCGUAAUCUAAACGCAAGAGUUCUGGAUGAUGAGUUAAGUCUCAUGGUAGCUCGUACUGUGAAGUUUUCAAAUCCUUUCAGGUUCCAGCCUAAAAGCUGUGCGAAGUUUCCUAAUGAUGAAUAUUUACAUCUUUUCAUCCUUAGCGUGUUAUGCACAACUGAAGUUGAGGUUUGUAUUGUGGGCGAGCAAUACUCGUACAAGUUGUGUCAACUGGAAAGCGCAAUGCUGGCCUUCUAUAAUAAACCAGAAAACAGAGGAGUAUUAGCGUUACCACAACCCCCACCUUUAAAUUGCGUUUAUGCUGUUCUUCAAGAGGAAACUUGCGUGAGGGGAAAAUUGAUCUCAAUAAAUGGCAACGAAGCUGAAGUGUAUCUUGUUGAUAAUGCUGCGUUUGAAACGGUUGCAAUCUCGUGCUUACACCCGCUCAAAUACGCUUAUUCACAGUUUCCGACUCAGGUUGUCACAGUUUCUCUUGCUGGCCUUGAGCAACCUACUUUAGCCAACCACUCAACUAUCCUACAAUACCUCAGCGAAAACAUCGACAACAAACCAUGCGUGGCGAAAAUCGUGGGCAGGUUUGGAGAAGAACAAGACCAGAUUGUUGUGGAACUGCUAGACACGAGUGGCUCUGUCGAUGUUCAUGUUAACAAAGUUUGCAGAAGUCUAGUUUACUCACCUAAACAUUACCCUUCACCUGACACUACUGUUCCUGUUAUUGUCCGACACAUAGAUCAGGAUGCUGGGUUGAUAUUCCUCAACAUAUCGGGUGAAAACCUGACAGCUCUCCAUCGGGGUAUGAAUGAGAUCCAAUCCAUGAUCAGUCCAAGGCGUUCCCAGAUCUCUAAACUUGCAACAGAUCUGUACAUUGGUAAAGAGUGUUUGGCUUGCAUCUCUGGCUCUUACUAUAGAGUUGUAAUUGAAGAAUUCACAAACCAAAAGCCCCGAGAUGUAAAAGUAUUUUUGAUCGAUGUUGGUAGGAUGGAAUACAUCUCACAAGGUGCAUUAUUGAAAAUGGCGUCAGAGUCGCUCCUUUCCAUCCCACCACAAGCAGAAUGCUGCAAAAUUUCAUCACCCCAAGAAACCAAAGAGAUGCUGGCUGCAGCUGGAGACUUUCUGCACAUGAACCUUACCACAGCAAUUGACCAACUAACCACCAGUGAGUCAGUAAUUGCUCGGUUUGAUAAAAUCGAAUCCAGUGACGGAGGACCCCACUGCAUAUCAUUGUGGAUUGAUAGCCCAAUGGGGAUGAAAACAAGAAUCAUCUCAGAUGAUGAAGAAGGUCCAAGAGUUGAUGAGGUGCGAGACAGAUCAAGAUCAUUUUCUUCCACCUCUUCCUCACUGCUCAACUCUCCUUUGAGCACCAAUUCAUCAACCCCUGCUCUUCAUGAUUCAUUUUCUUCAAUGAAUUUAGUCGGAGCUCCGAAAAUUGAAACUCCGGACUCGGCUGCAAAGCAUCAAGUAUAUAAAACCAAGGAUAUUAACCACAAUACUGAGAUAAUACUUUCAAGUAUUUCCCCCAAUACAUUAGCAUUAGCACCACGUGUUAACAAACAUGAGAGUCCACCAAAGCCACUGAGGAGAGAGGAUGUUGUUUUACCAUCUAACUCCCUAAUUCCCGUCCGUGUCGAAAAUGUAAUUUCUCCAAUCCAUUUUAAUCUCAUUCUCCUUGAUGAUUUACAAAAGAGAGAUCAUCUAAGAAAAACAAUGACAGCUUUCUAUAGGAAAAGGCCCUCACAAAGUAAGGUUGCUCUCAACCAAAUAAACUGUGGAUCUGUGUAUGCUGCGGCAUAUGAAGAUGAUGCUGGUGUUGGUUGGCACAGGGUGAAGGUACAGAGCAGCAUCAAUGGACAAGUAUGCGUCUACUUUCUCGACUACGGCAUGUGCGAUGUUAUAAGUGAUACAGCUUCGUUUUAUCGCUUGGAAAAAGGCUUUGAAAUCCUGCCACCUUUAAGCUUGGUUGGGCGCCUUGCGGGGAUUCAACCACUAGAUGAUGCUGCAGACUGGGAUGACGAAACUUGCGACAGAUUCACUAACUUAGUCAUAAACCGGGAUUUUUAUGCCCAAUUUUUUCGGAUGAAAUUGGACUUGGAUGAUAGGAUGCCGGAUUGUCGUGUCUUCAACAUUUCACUCUGUGAUACAAAAACUGGGGUUGAUGUUUGGAUUAAUGAUGUUCUUGUCGAUAUUUGGAACUGUGCUGAAUAUGUUGCCUGAACUGUGAGACAUUUAUUUGUAAACUGUCUUUUUUUCACUUUGUUGCAUUUUCUGUUUUCACUUUUGGUGCCGCAACAAAGUGUAUGUAAAUACCAUGUUGAAAACUGUGAAAAGUUUUGUAAACAUUGCAGUGAAUUUACCGACAUGACUUCCUUUCAUAUGAUUGCAGAUUGCAGUGUUUUGUAAACCAUAUUUCGAUUAGUUUGUUGACAUUUUUUCUUUUCAUUUGUGUUGCAAUUAUGUUUGAACUUCACUGUGUUGCCAUUACUGCUGUAGGUGUAACAUUAUAAAGAUAAUUCACAGUGAACAUGCCUCUAUUGGAAUGUGCCUAAUACUUGAUGCUGUAUUAUUAUUUUUUGCCUUGCAAUUUACACUGCCUUUCACACACGCACGUGUUCACAUUUAACCACUGCCUUUUGUAAUGUAUCUUUGCCUCACCAUCGUACCCAAUAUACACCAGUAAACUGUGAUUCCGUAAAAUCGAGAUUCAUUCCUUCGUUUGCCAGUUUAAUUUACACAUUUUUCUGAAUUUCUUUUCACAAAUUUUCGUUCUUUUUUUCAG